UAUAACGCGCUGUGUGGAUUUGCCACCAUGGGGCCAGAGCCCCGGGACAGCGACGGCGGGGAAGAAGCUGACGCUUAAUGAUUAAUAUUCUUGGCGGAUGAACAGACGUCUUCAGGAAAGAACAGAGUUAAAGGUCGUUCUGGAGCAGCAAGAGCGAGGUCUUCAGCAGAACCGUCUUUUUAACGCGCCGCUCAGAAGAAGAAAUGAUGUCCUUAGCCCGAACAUUCACCAGACUGCGAGGGACUCUGCAGUCAGUGUCUCAAGCUGGAUGCAAACAAACCUCAAACACUAUACCUCAGGCAGCUGCCUGUAACUGGCAGCUAUUGGAUGACUGUUUUGAACUCAGUUAUGGGGGCCUCGUGAUGCACUUUGACUAUGUGUGGCUGAGAGACCACUGCCGCUCUGCCUCCUGCUACAACUCCAAAACCAACCAGCGCAACCUGGACACCGCCAGCAUUGAUCUCGGCAUCCGGCCUUUAAAGACCCGAGUGGAUGAGGAGAACCUUUUCCUUACAUGGCCUGAUGGUCAUGUGACACGCUACAGUCUGCCUUGGCUGGUCGACAGCAGCUUCAAGGGUCAGAAACAGAGUGCUGUGCAGCCACGCAUUCUGUGGAACUCUGACAUCUACACCAAUGCCAAGUUGCCUUCAGCCAGCUGGGAGAAGUUUAUGAGCUGCGAUGAGGAGCUGAAGAGGUUCCUGAGGAACUUCUUGUUGUAUGGCAUUGCAUUUGUAGAAGAUGUCCCAGCCACAGUGGAUGCCACAGAGACAGUGACACAAAGAGUUGGCCUUAUCAGAGAGACCAUGUACGGGCGCAUGUGGAAUUUCACCUCCGAUUUCUCCCGUGGAGACACGGCUUACACAAAGUUGGCACUGGACCGCCACACGGACACCUCGUAUUUCCAGGAGCCAUGUGGGAUCCAGGUGUUCCAUUGUCUGAGGCACGAGGGUACAGGUGGCAGGACUCUGCUGGUGGAUGGCUUCUAUGCUGCUGAAAAAGUGCUCCAGCAAUCGCCAGAAAACUUUGAGCUUCUGUCACGCAUCCCCAUCAAACACGAGUAUAUUGAGAACCAGAACAACCACCGCAACCACAUGAUCGGCAUCGGCCCUUUGCUCAGCGUCUACCCCUGGAACAAUGAGGUCUACAUGAUCCGGUAUAACAACUAUGACCGUGCAGCGAUAAAUACAAUUCCUCAUGAUGUGACGCAUCGCUGGUAUGUGGCCCAUAGGCAGCUCACUGCCGAGCUUAGGAAGCCUGAGAAUGAACUGUGGGUCAAACUCAAACCUGGCAAGGUUCUGUUUAUUGAUAACUGGAGAGUGCUGCAUGGUAGAGAGUCCUUCACUGGGCUCCGUCAGCUCUGCGGCUGUUAUCUGACCAGAGAUGACAUGGUCAACACAGCCCGCUCCCUGGGCCUUCAGGCUUGAACAACAAACAGGCAGCACCAGGAAACACCAAAAUAACAAUUUAACCAAUUUACUGCUGAUAUCGGUGCAUCGUAUAACCUUCAGUUUUGUUUACCGCUUUUCAGGAGUCAUUAUUUUGAGUCAGACCUCAAAUAAGCUCCUAUUUCUAUUUGUUUGCUCUAGCUGAAAAAAAUUGGAAUACGUAAGGGAUAAAAUAAGGAGAAAAAACAGAUAAAAAUAGUUCUUAAACACCAAAUCCAGAACAAUCCACGUAUGAUUUGUAAUUAAUGUUAAUGUUGGAUCAAAAGCAAAUUAGCCCUGGUAAAAACAAUGUGAACAGGAUGGUGCCAGUGAGCAGUAUUCACUUCCUUGGCUCAUGAAACACUCUUUGUUCUUAAUUUCACACCAGAACUGGCAGCAGGUCUGUUUGAGAUUACAUCAAUAUGAGAGUGGUCACCAGUUCUCCACUUUUGACCUGCCUGUGUGACCCUGGCUCAUGUUACUUAUCAUCAUCUGGUUUAAGGAGCUCUAAGCUAAACGUUCACUCACAUCUUGAAACAAAUAGUCCUGUUUCCCUAUAUGAGGUUUCGGUUGCUUAGAACAGGAUUUCAUGAAGAGUCAUGGCUGCUCAGAAGGUAAAUCAUGGCCGAGAUUUUUAGCAGGAAACACCAUGUAGUUACAUAUGGUUCAUCAUUAUUUAGUUUACAUCUAGAUACAAUCUUAGACAUGCUUCAAAGCAUUACAUUUUACAUUUUGAAGCUGUCCGCAGGUCACAGAAAUGAAGGUUUUAUUUUUGACAUGUCAAACUGAAGAGGUUCAUAAUUUAGGACACUUAAAAGUGCUAGUUUACAAAACUGUCAGUGAUGGAAAUACUAGUACAAAACUAUACUUGAAAGAGAAACUGCUUUAGCAGACACAUAAGGCAAAUCCUGACAAACUGGCAAAUCCUGGUACAAAAAUGACUUGACAGCUGUUUGAAAUACAUAGACUAGUGAAAUGCGCUGCAUAGUUAGAAUAGAAAGGACAUUAUAAUUAAUGAUCAAACCAAGGAUUAAGCAGUAGUUUGCAGUUCAUCUCAAAGUAUAAAAGACCCAUUACAGACAAUUAGUCAUUUAACUGUACCCAGAUUUUGGCCACACUAAUAAAUGGAAAGAAUUUAUUGCAUUUUUGCCAUUUGCUACUUAAGGGAGAAUAAACAGUGAUCUGUGCUGCACUAUGAUCAAGCACUUGCUCAUGCUUAUGACUAAAGCACAGCAGACACAGUUAUACAAGAUCUAUUAAAAUUUUUUAUUAUUAACCGCUAAAUCACAUUUCACUUCCUUCCCCCCACCCCACCCCACCUAACUCUGGACCCUCCUUGAUGCUGUUUCGCUUUACAUUAUGGUACAAAAGUACGUUUUACCUUCAUUUUUAAGCAGUACUAAAGUGUCUUGUCAAAAGGACCCAUAAUUGGGAGAAUAAACAGGGUAAAUACAGGAAACUGUGACAUGCACAGUAAAGUGUUUUUGUGCCUUAUUGGUAAUGUCGGGGUGUGUUCUACAGACAACAGCUCCAACCAAAACCAAAUCACAGCAUAUUGGCAAUUAGUAUUAGAUCAAGUUUGCAGUGUGUUUUAUUCAAUGCUAUAGGCACACGUUGUACUUUUAUUAUUGUAAUGUCAUGAUUCAUCUCAAUGAUAUGAAUGUGUGCACAACAAAUGCCUAAUUAUUACCCCUUACAAACAAAUAUUGAUUUGCAGUUUGGAUCUAUCAGUGGUUUUCAUUCCAGUUGUGCUGCCACUAUAUCUUGUGUGAGUGAGCAAAUGUUUCCUCUGCUGAUUGUGUUUAUGUUUGAUUUGCCAAUAAAGACAUUGAGGACAAACUAA